ACUGGAUCCACCGGUUUUUCUUUUUUUUUUUUUUUAAACAGAGGAUCUGCUUAAUGAAAUCCACACUGUGAGAAGUGUCUCUGUCUUUUUUAGUGGGGGCGGAGGAUCUUUAACUUCACAGUGUUGUUGUGACUGAAAACAACCGACAGUAUCAACACGGAGCGGACAGAAACUCUGACCUGAGGACGGUGACAUCUCGAUAAAACACCACACAGACGUCGGUUAACAAUAAAAAACAACAACAACAACAACAACAACAGCGGAAAACAAAGGCGGACAUAAACAGACGCGGAUGGAGCGAUACGAUAACCUGGAUUUGGAUUUGGAGUGUGAUGGAGGAGGUGGAGGAGGUGGAGGAGGUGUAGCGCAAAAAGCGGCGAUAUUUGGCGGGAUGUUCAAACGCUCCGCCAAGUCAUCAGAACCUUCUGUCCAGGCACAGGAUGGAUUGUCAGCCAACAGUGAACUCUCAAAGAGCAACGACAGUCUGACUGACGGCAGCGCCAAGGACAAAGGAGGCGUGUUUAAAGGAAUGUUUAAGAAGACGACAAAGCCACAGGACACCCUCUCAUUACAAAAUCCUGAACUGUCUGUCAGCAGUGACAGCUUAACAGACAAGAAGUCAUCGAAGGAGAAAUCAGGAGUGUUUGGUGGGAUACUGAAACGAUCUCCUAAGCCAGGACACGCCCGGAGGCCUUCACAGGAUCUUUUGGACAACGAGUUCACAGCCAGUAACGACAGUCUGUCUGAAAACAACACAACCAAAGAGACCGGAAACGUGUUCAGUGGGAUGUUUAAAAAAAAGCCUUUUGGAGCAAGGACACAAUCUCAGGAUGAUUUGAAUGCGCCCGACGAGCUCCCAGGCAGCACCGACAAUCUGUCCGUGAAUAACAACACUAAGGAGGGAGGAGGGAUUUUCAGCGGGAUGUUUAAAAAAUCCCCAAAGCCUUUUGGAAGGACACAAUCACAGGAUGAUUUGUCUGAACCCAGCGAGCUCUCGGGCAGCACUGACAAUCUUUCGGAGAACAGCAGCACUAAGGAGAAAGGAGGAAUCUUCAGCGGUGUGUUCAGAAAAAAAGUUGCCAAAUCUCAGUCUCAGGAUGAUUUAUCUGCGGAUGGUGAAUCCUCUGCCGUCAGCGAGAGCGUUACAGAGAAGUCCACAAAGGGCGACGUUGCAUCAAAGAUCCUGAAGAAUCCAUUCACCUCUUCAUCUCAGGAUAAGGAAAAGACUGAACACUCAGGAGACUCAAACGAGAAUACCUCGACAACAGAGAAGCCCAAAGCCAAGCAGAACGGCUUCAGUGCGAUGAUGAAGAGCACGUUCUACACUGACAAACAGGAGAAGAACUCUGACUCUGACUGUGAGGAGAUGCUGGACAAUGAGUCCGGUCACAAACAGAGUAAAUUUUCUGAAGCGAUGACGAAGCUGAAUCCAUUCCGAUCUGCAAACAAACAGGAGAAGCAGGCGGGCUCAGAUGACGAGGAUCCACCUGCAAGCGGUGAAAAGUCAUCAAGCAACAAACAGAACGCCGUGGUCGGAGCCAUGUCCAAACUGAAUAUAUUCAAAUCUGCAAAUAAAAAAGACACUGAAGACACAGAGACACUCAAAGAGGACGAGAAACAAGUGGAAGAGAAGCCGAAAGCGGUCAAGAGCAACAUGAUCCAGCGAGAGAGGAAAGAAAGAAGUGAAACACCAACAGUCCCACCCAGACCAACUGAAGAGGAGAUGAAGAGCACAUCUACACACGCCAAAGUAAAAGCGAGAGGAACUGAGGACAAUCAGGACACCAAGGACAUGAUCUCCAGAGAGAAAAAAGCCAAACCUGCAAAAACUCCUGCCAGGACGUCAGAGGAGAACCAAUCAGACGACGAAGAGGGAGACAAGUCGAACCCUCCAGAAAGCAAAACAACCAAAGUGAAAAAACUCAAGCAUAAUCCGUUUAUGCCGCGUGCUGCAGCCAAGGCUCCGUCUGAUGAUGAAGGUCUGAAAGAAGAAGAUGAGGAAAAGAAAGACGAGGAGGGCAAAGACAAAACAGAAGAGACAAAAGUCAAGAAACCUAAGAGACACAAUCCCUUCAUGCCUCGGGUCAAGGCUUCGUCUGAUGAUGAAGGGCUGAAAGAAGAAGACGAUUCUUCAUCCAAAGAGGAGAAGAAAGAUGAGGAGGGCAAAGACAAGACAGAGACAAAAGUCAAGAAACCUAAGAAACACAACCCCUUCAUGCCUCGAGUCAAGGGUCGAACUCCGAAGCCGGCACAGGACGGAUCUGCAGAGAAUGAAGGUGGAAACAGGUCUUUGUUUGACCAACUGGAAGACUUCCGUAUUGACCCGGCACGGCCUGAAGACAGACAGGAUGUGGAGGAUCUCAUGGAGUGGUGGGACACAGUGGAGUCUUGGGAAGACACGCCUCAAGAUGAUGACAUGACCGAAAAAGAAGAGGCCAAGGCGUUCGCUGUGACGGCAGAGAAAGUGCAGAAGGGCAUCCGUGUCUUUAACAAACUGUUCUCGGAGCGCGCUGAGAGCCUCUGGCAGCACGUCAUCGACCUCAACGGCAUCGCGGAUGGCCUGGAUAAGUUCAGCAAAAACACAAAGAUCGCUCAGAUCACCGGCGGCUCCACCAGCGCCAUUGGGGGUGUCGCCACCAUCGCCGGCCUCGCCCUGGCACCUGUGACCAUGGGAACCUCCUUGAUUGUGACGGCGGUGGGAUUGGGUGUUGCCACGGCGGGCGGUCUGACGUCAGCAGGUGCUGGCAUCUCCAACCAGGUCAACAACUCGAUGGACCGCAAGAAGGUGGAGAAGAUCGUGCAGGAUUAUCAGGAGAAGAUGGUCGACCUCAACAAGUGCCUGAAAUUCAUCAAGCAGGGUAUCGAGAACCUGAAGAAGUUCGACCUGAUCAAGAUGAAAAAACACGCCUACAACCGCGACUUCCCUGUGCUCAGCAGCAGUUUCUACGAGGACGGUGCCAUGGCAGGAAAGGCGAUCCUCAUCAACGCCAACGAGAUCAUGCGCGUGGUGCAGAUCGCCAACGUGGCCGGCAGCACAGCAGCCAGAGCAGUCCAGAUCGCCAGUAUGGCUACCGGUGUACUCACCGGACUCUUCGUAGGUAUGGACAUCUACUUUGUGGCCAAAGACUCCAAAGAACUCAAGAAAGGCGCCAAGUCGGAGUUUGCCGCCAAAAUCAGGGAGGUGGCUACGCAGCUGCACGACGGUCUGGUGGAGCUUAACGGGAUCCGAGAGGAGCUGCAAGCCACCACGCCAGAAAACAAGGACGUAGGCAAUGAUACACCGUCUGUGGAGAGUGACAAGAAAGAGAAAGACAACCAAGACGACAGUUCAGAGGAUGAAAUCGACCGCAUUAAAAAACAAAUUAAAAAAGACUACGAGAACCGAGAAUAUGUUUGACAGAAACUGUGCUUUAAUAUUGAGUUUUCAAUCAUGGGAAGAUUCAAACGUUAUGCCAUGUCCACUACAAACGCUUUAAAUGUUUCUGAAUCUACUGACUCAAAACUACUGCUGCCCUGUUCGCAUCUCUGAGGUGGUUGGUGCCAAUUGCAGCACGACUCUGUUGCCUUAUGUUGUUUUUAUUAAGAUGUCCAGGCUGCAACAAAACCAUUGAACCACAUCUGCUGCUUGAUGGUUUGGAUCUGAUGUGGGACGUUUAGAUGGACAGUGGUACUAAGCUUUGAUUAUGUCUUUACAAAAAGAGCCAAUAAAGUAGUGUUUCAUUGGUUUGGGCUGCACCAUUUGAACUUAAGUCGUGUCUAAAGACUUCUCUAAAGUCGAGGGAAACAUCUGUAGUGCCAACAGGAAGUCAUAAGCUGUAACACAACUUAUGCCAACAUAAACAAUUCUUUGUAGUGCAACGUUUUAAAAUUUUUUUGUAAUGAACUCAAUUAAUUAACAGCCUUUUUAGUCAAGUGUUGGGUCAUAUACGAUAACGUUAGCUUUGUUCCGUUAGCUACGGGAUGUAAAUAUUGAGUAGCAACUGAUCUCUGUUUGAUUUUUGUAGAGCGACCUGAUUUAUUUUAGUGAUGUAUAGAUUUCGAAGUGUGACAGUAAGUUAACACUAUGAACGGGUGGUGCAACUGGCUCCAGGCGAGCAACUAAAACUUCUAACCAACUACUACAAGUUUCUGCCAUAUUCGAUGAUUUAAUGAUUUCCAUUUGUUAACGGGUUUCUUGUUAGACAACUGGGAUGACACACGUCAGCUCUGCGGGCUGUUUAAUGAACUUCAUAUUUAUUUUUCUGUCUUGUUCUGGGUGUUGUUCAUUCGAUGAUACCUUUAUAUGUGCAAUAUAUUGUAGACCUCUGUGUGUAAUAAAUGUAAAACUCAUAAUUAAAGGCCAGAGAAACACUUUC